UUGUUCGAUGAGAUUUUCAUUUUCACGAUUCCGAAAUUAACGCUCGGGCUCGGAGUUUUGUGUUCCGUAUCCAGUCACAUUGAGCGGAAAAUGGCGAAUUUAUCUUACGGGAAGCGCAUGUUAAAAGCUGGACUUGAAAGUCAAGGCAUUUUGCAAAAGAAAGUAAAACGCCUGAAGCCUGAGGAAGAUGCCAAAUGGUGGUGUCAGGCUGGUCUUGACAAAGAUGGGUUCAAAGUAAAAUAUAUAUCUGACUAUAAAGGAUUUGGUGUAUUUGCCGAAAAAGACUUCAGAGCAGGGGAUUUUCUUCUAGAAUAUGUUGGAGAAAUAAUUACUGAAGAAGAGGCAUUUGAAAGGCAGAGAAAAUGUGAUGAAAAUAAAAAUUUUUUUUACAAGAACAAAGGAAAAAGUAUGUGUAUUGAUGCUUCAACUCAAGAUCAUAUAUGCCAGUAUGUCAAUGAUGGGAACAAGAUGGCUAAUGCUGUCAUGAAACUUUUGACUUUUGAGAGGCCUUGUCUAUGCUUGUUUGCUGUCAGAGAUAUUCAAGAGAAAGAAGAAAUACUGUAUAACUAUGGAGAUACUCAGAAUCUCUGGUGGAGAAAUAAGUGGAACAUACAUGUAAUGGAAACACAGAAAAUGAUGAAAAUGGACAGGGUGACUAUGAGGGAAGCAGUAGCUGCAGCAACCAAAGGAACAAGUCAGGUUCUGUUCAGGAGUCCCUAAAUGGUAUUCAAUGUUCUGCAAUGCUUCCAGAGGAAACUUGUUAUGUUAAUGAAGAAGAUACUAACGGUGAUGAUGAACAGGUGGAAUCAGUUCAAAAGAAUGUUCCUAGGACAUCUAGAAAAUGCUCAGUGAAAUGGUCAAGAGAAGAUAGCAUUAUUGUAAGAAAUCAUUUUAGGGACUUUGUAUAUCAGACUGCCAUCUGCUCCACAAAUGAGAAACCACUGCAAAGCAAAGAGGCCAUUCUUCAAUUUCUCGCAACAACUAACUUACAGAGCAUCAGAGGUUUAACUGCACAUGAACAAUACACCAAAGUCAGAACAAAGCUAUUUAAUGACAGACUGUGAGAACAAAAACAGCAACAUCCAUGACAAAAAUGUCAGGAACAAAGUAAAAGCAAUAAACAGAUUUUAGAUCUAC